CCUCCUCCCUAUCACUUUCCCCUUCCCGUUUUUAUUCCCCGGCCCUCCGCGGACCCGGCGAGCUCCGCUGCCAUCCCAGACCCGGUAACCCACCCGCUCCUCGCCGGCGCGCCGCCCAUGAAGCGCGCGCGCAGCUCCGAGAUCUUCCUCGGCGGCCGGGCGCGCGCGCGCAGGCGCCUGGCGCCCCUCCUCGCCGCGGCGGCCUUCGCGUACCUCGUCUUCGUCUCCGUCAAGCUCUCCGGCCUCGGCAGCUGGGAGGACGCCGCGGCCAUCCCCCGGCCGGAAACCGCCGCCUCGCGAGGCGAGCUGCUGCAGCGGGAUGCCCUCGAGCGGGCGCCCCGCGGGCGCCGCGCCGCUGGGGGCGGUGCCACUGUCACGGGGUACGGCCGCAUCACCGGGGAGAUCCUCCGGCGGCACGAAGCUCUUGGCGGGGGCAGCCGGAGGAGGUGGGGCCUGCGGGGGAACUUCUCCGAGCUCGAGCGCAUGGCCGCGCAGGCGUGGGCGCUCGGGGCCAAGGCGUGGGAGGAGGCCUCCGCGUUCUCCGGCGACGUGGACGCCAUCGUCUCGGGCGACGGCGCGGCGGUCAAGUGCCCCACCUCGCUCGAGCUCGGAGGCGGCGGCGAGGGCGAGACGGCCGCGUUCCUGCCGUGCGGGCUGGCGGUGGGGUCCGCGGUGACGGUCGUGGCGACGGCGCGCGAGGCGGUGGCGGAGUACGUGGAGGCGCUGGAGCGGAGCGGGAGCGGGAACGGGACGGUCAUGGUGGCGCAGUUCGCGGUGGAGCUGCGCGGCCUGCGCGCCUCCGAGGGCGAGGACCCGCCCAGGAUCCUCCACCUCAACCCGCGGCUGCGCGGCGACUGGAGCCGUCGGCCGGUGCUGGAGAUGAACACGUGCUUCCGCAUGCAGUGGGGAAAGGCGCAGCGCUGCGACGGCACCCCCUCCAAGGACGACGACCAUGUCGAUGGGUUUCCAAGAUGUGAGAAAUGGGAACGGAGGGACAUGGCUGAUUCAAAAGAAACAAAAACAAGCUCAUGGUUCAACAGGUUCAUCGGCCGAGCAAAGAAACCAGAAAUGACCUGGCCAUACCCAUUUUUAGAGGGGAAGAUGUUUGUUCUCACUAUCCAAGCUGGUGUUGAAGGAUACCAUAUUAAUGUAGGGGGUCGUCAUGUUGCCUCAUUUCCUCAUAGGAUGGGAUUCACUCUCGAAGAUGCAACUGGUUUAGCUGUAACAGGCGGCAUAGAUGUCCACUCGGUGUAUGCAACCUCUCUUCCGAAGACACAUCCUAGUUUUUCUCUGCAAAAUGUCUUGGAAAUGUCUGAUAAGUGGAAGGCUCGCCCUGUGCCAGAGGAACCGAUUCAGCUUUUUAUCGGCAUUCUCUCUGCUACAAACCAUUUUGCUGAGCGGAUGGCUAUUAGAAAAACUUGGAUGCAGUUUCCUGCAAUCCAAUUGGGAAAUGUGGUUGCUCGAUUCUUUGUCGCACUGAGCCAUAGAAAAGAGAUAAAUGCAGCACUAAAGAAGGAAGCAGAAUAUUUUGGAGACGUUGUCAUUCUGCCAUUUAUCGACCGGUAUGAGUUGGUGGUUCUCAAAACAGUUGCGAUAUGUCAGUACGGGGUGCAAAAUGUUACCGCAGAGUAUAUCAUGAAGUGCGACGAUGAUACCUUUGUGAGGCUGGAUGUAGUGUUGCAACAGGUCUCUACCUUCAACAGAACCUUGCCUCUUUAUCUUGGCAACCUAAAUCUUUUACACAGGCCUCUCCGGAGCGGUAAAUGGGCCGUGACGUUCGAGGAAUGGCCAGAAUUGGUGUAUCCCCCCUAUGCCAACGGACCCGGCUACGUAAUUUCGAUUGGUAUUGCCAGAAACAUCGUGUCCCGUCACGCAAAUCAGUCACUAUGGCUGUUCAAGAUGGAGGAUGUGAGCAUGGGCAUGUGGGUCGAAGAUUACAACACUACCACCAUCACCGCCCCGGUGCAGUACAUUCACAGCUGGAAGUUCUGCCAGUAUGGGUGCGUGGACAACUACUUCACGGCGCACUACCAGUCCCCCAGGCAGAUGCUGUGCCUCUGGGACAAACUGUCGUUAGGCCGCGCGCAGUGCUGCAACUACAGAUAACACGACGCUCAUCCAUGGCUGCUUCACCAGAGCAACUGAUGGCUUAACUAGGCGGCAUCCGUCAGUCCCACUGCCGUAGUGUCAUUUUAGAAGAACACCAGGGACCAGUCCAGCAUGACUGACACCCACCAGACCGGGUGUCCAUCACCCUUAACUCGAGUUCUCUACAUCUGCUCUAUCGACUGACAGCGGCGGAGACUAUGGACAUCACCAUUGUCUGUUCUUCAGUGCACAAACAAGAUACACCAUCAAUUGGUUUGAUGUUAUCAGCUGCUUCACCUCCGGGAGCUCAUGCAUUGGAUAUUUGGAUGGAUGAAUCUACUCGUAGUGGAAGACGCUAUUUGUUCAUGUCAUUGAAGAUGACUAUACAAACACGAGGGGCCAAAAUUUGCUGCGUGUAGUGUACAGGGGCGAGUAAUUUUGUACUCCAGUUUGUAGGGUUGUUGUGCCCCUGGGUUGCAGAGGGAGCUGAUGUCUCGUUGAUACUGAAUUGGUGUCAUGUUCUGUAGGACUAAUAUAAAAGGGUUUGCUAA